AUGGCAUCAGUCGCAUCAGCAUCCCUCGGCGCCUCGCCCGUCUCUCCCUACGACUUCGAAUUUCCGCCCGCAUCAGGGGCAACCGAUCCACCAGGCGGCGAUCUGGACGAUGAUGCGUUUUGGUCCGUCAUUAGCAGCGCCGCUGCCGGGGGUACGAGCGUCGGUACGGGGCCAGGAUCGGUAGGCCUGAUCUCCAGCCCGAGUGCCCAUAGCCUGGGCAGCCCGUGGGCGGUCCUCGGACAUCGUGCGAGCGGGCAACAACACCUUGAGCAGCUUGAGCUGUCGCCGGCCGCGCUGUCCCCCGGGCUGGGCGGGGAGAUUGACCAGCACAGCGGUUUCGGGCACAGGUCGUCGUUCGAUCAGCAGGGGGGUAGUGUAGGUGGCGAUGGGUUCUCGGCAACAGCAGCGGAUGGGAACUGGUCCUUUGCGCAGUUUCUGGCGCAGGACCUGCAGGAUUACUCGGGAGCCUUGUUGGGGGCGCCUUACAAUGGAGACUUGACCGGCCUGUUCAAUACACCGGGAGACGCACAACUGCCGUUGGGCGAGAGCCUCGCCCUCGCGAACAUGCCCCCGUGGGAGCCCCUGAGCAAUCUCAGAGGAACAAACAAUUUCGGCAAUGACCGUCCGACGAACGCAGAUUCUAACAGCGGCACCAUCUUCAUCAUGGAAGACCCGAACCUUAUCGCACCCUCGCCGCCCUCAUCGCACCUCUACUCCCCGCCCACACACUCGGCCUCGCCCGCAAGCGCCCACAGCCCCCGAUCACCCGUCCCGAUCAAGCAAGAGCCCUCCAGCACCAGCAGCAACAGAAGCAGCAGUUCACCAGAACACAGCAAGCCGUCACCCCCAACAGCCACCGCCCACCCGACGACAACCGCCGCGAUCCCGAUACGCAAAGCAAACACGUCUAACCGGGUGCAGAAACGCAAGCCGCAAACAUCAGCUUCAUUAUCAGCUUCCUCAGUAGCAGCAGCAGUCUCGACAUCGCCGACAACAUCGGCGGACUCGUCAUCAUCAUCACCUUCACCACCUGGCGCAGCCGCGGCGGCAGCUUCCAAAUUCCACAUCCUCACGCCCGACAGCAUCUCGCGGCAGAUGGACAAGCCGAACCGGUUCGAGUGCUUCGAGGCGCACCGGCCCUCGCAACGCGGACGCAAGGGGCCCCUGGCGACCGACACCAAGCAGUCGGCGCUGCAGGUGCGGCGCAUGGGCGCGUGCUUCUCGUGCCACGCGCGAAAAGUCAAAUGCGACAAGGAGCGGCCCUGCCGCAGCUGCGUGCGCCUCGCCCAGCAGGUGCCCCAGGUCGUGUGCUGGCAGUUUUCGGAUUUCACGGCGGUGCUCUUUCCAGAGUUUAUACGCGGCCAUUUGCGCAAGGAGGCCGUCGCGAGGUUCCUCAGCGAGCAUGUGGAGCGGUUUAUCCACGACAAGCCAUGUACUGUUGAGAUGUACUCCGGGUACGGUUUCUCCGCGCGCCUGGUGGUGCCCGCGAGGUUUUUCACCGCCAAGACGGUCGCUGCUCUCCAGCACUGGCAUCUGCAUGGCGGAGUCAACCAGGUGGAGUUGCAGGCCACGAGCGCCGCGCCGAUAGGGUUGGACGGGGGACAAGCGCAAAAUGCGGAGGGCGGUGGAGCGGGAGGUAGUGGAGGUGGUGAAGGGCAGAGGAACGAGAUGCGCAAGCGCCUGAGGGAGUACGUGCAGGCCAUUGUGGGCGAGAGGGACUUUGCGGCGCUGGUGACGCCGCUGCCGCAGCACACGCUGCUGCCGCGCAAGCUGCUCAAGAUUGUGCACGACUACGCGAACCGCAGCGACCUGGCCAUGGUCAAGCGCGCGCUGACCAUCUACACGAUGCACUAUGUCAUGACCAAGCACCUGGUCCUGACGGACCGGUGCGUGGCCGAGCUGGGCCCCACGGGGCUGGUGCCGCAGGGAGUCCCCUUCGUCACGGCGCGGGUGCUGAACCGGCAGCUGAAGGCGGUGCUGGACGAGAUGCUCUGCCAGGAGGUGCAGAAGCUGUUUGAGAACUUUAGCAAGUCGCUCAAGCCCAAACUGCGCAGCGAGUGGGCGCCCUGCCUGGCGUCGUUCCUCGUCAUGUGCCUGAUCAUGGAGUCGAUCGAGGUGGCGGCCGACAGCCACGUCAUGACCGAGAACGAGAUCAGCCUGCGGCGCUACCUGCCGCCGCGGUGGAAGCGCUCGUUUGCGCUGCAGGUCAACAGCGAGAUCGAGAACAUGCCCUUUAAGCAGUUCGCCUUCCAGUUCCACCAGAUCUACCAGACGCACUCGCGCGACGCGGCCGCGCGCAGCUUCAACCCGCUGCUGGACGACUCCUGCUUUGAGCAGGCCGAGUUGGACGGCCCCGCCGAAGAUAUGGUGCGGAAGUUGAGGCGGUUUAUUGAUGCGGAUUGGUCCGAGUUGGACUACUUGACGGCAGACCCCAUCCUGCCCAACAACGAAGAGCACGUCUAUCCGCGGAACGUGGCGUAUGACUAUACAGGCCGCCUGGUCGCCAAGUUCUUGCUCUCGUUCACGGACGAGAAGUAUAUUUUUGGAAGGAAGGUCUAA